GUAACAUCUACAAAUUUUACAAAAAAAAAAAUCUCCCAUAAAUAAGUGACUAUAGAGCGCCAUCAUCCAAAACGAGCGUUUGUGCCAUCACUAGCUGCUCUAAAGAAUUGAAUUCAACGUUUUUAUUAUUUGUGGUUUUUUCUUUGUUGCUGUUAACGUUAAAAGUUUCAAUUUGCCUGAGCCAUGGAGCCGAUGACUCUGGGAAGCCCUGCGAACAGCCCCGGAUCCAACCAGAACCAGUACCUGCCGCCCUUCCUCAUGGGUGAUCCACAAAACAUGACGCCUCACAAGAACACGCUCUCCCCGAAGCCGGGACGCUAUAACGUGAGUUUCGCCACAUCACCUGGUGGCAGCAACUCCCAAGACUUCAACCGAUCCACCUACAAUAACCGUACUCUUUUCGGGUCCGGCGGAGGUCCAAAUGCUUCUGCUGCUGCUGUCAGUAGCAAUACUUCCUUGGCUGCUGCUAGCCAUGCCCACACUCACGGCCAUCAGGCGGGGCCGCCAACCCAGGGUCUGUUCGAUUCCCUGCGCGAGAACACUGCUUCCACGCCACAGCGCAAUCACUUGAGUCUGCUGAACCUGCAGUCACCCAACCAGAGUAUGGGACCAAAUCAGAGCUAUCAGAGUUAUCAGGCCAACGACUCGUUCGCGCCCGGUGCUCCCAAUGCCGUCAGCGCCUCUAUGAGGGCGCUAUACUCCCCGCUGGGAGCCACUGCCUCGCCAGGACCAGGAUUAGUUGCCACUCCAGGACCCACAGGAGCUGACCUAGCAGCUGCCUUCUGGGUAACCAUCUUUGGCUUUGCACCGGGUGCAAGCUCCAUGGUCCUGCAGCACUUCACACUAUGUGGCACCAUUGUGGACGUUGUCUACGCUCCCCAGAACGGCAACUGGAUGCAUGUACGCUUUUCCUCGCGCAUCGAGAGCGACAAGGCGCUCAACUACAAUCACAAGGUGAUAGCCGGAAACGUUAUGGUGGGCGUUACACGCUGUUCAGAUCGCUCGGUGAUCGACAAGGAGAACAGCAGUUCGUUUGCCAAUUCGGAACCCAUAUCUGGUGCUCCCAGCACACCCAAAAUUCGUCCGUUUGCCCAACAGGGCUACAAAAUAGCCCAAAAUGAGAGCACCAUUUCGCCGUCAAGAGAUGUGCCCCAGAAGAGUUCCGGUAUAAUGGACAAGGCCAUGGGCCUCAUUUUCGGUUGGUGAUUGAAUGCAACUCAGGCUUUUUCCGGCUACUUAUUUAAUAAUCACUGCGUACAUCCUAUCCAGCAUUCAUACAUUACUUAUUAAAAAAAGAUUCAAUAGCAAAAA